CUUCUAUUUUAGGGCGUUUUAAAGUUUAGUAAUUCAACCUAAGAUGGCUCGCUCAACAGUUACAUUGGUGUUUGUUUUUUGCUUCGUCCAAGUAUAUUCACAAAGCGUUCGUUUGGUUGACGGUGAGAAUGAGUACGAAGGCCGUGUGGAAGUCUUCCGUAACGGAAUAUGGGGAACAGUGUGUGACGACGGUUGGGAUUUUACGGCUGCUACUGUUGUCUGCAACGAAGUAGGCUACGGCCAGGCCUCUUUCAACCUCUUAAAUACGUAUGCAGGCAAGGCUAGCCAACCUAUCCUGCUUCAUAAUGUACGAUGCACUGGUCAGGAGACCCGACUUUCUGAUUGUCCAGCUGAAGUAGGGAGUGGCGACUGUAAUCAUAAUGAGGAUAUUGGAGUACGGUGCUCUCCUGGUUCGUAA